AUGGGUUCCAGACAGAUCAUAUCAGGCUUCGUGAUUGUAACAGCAACUAGUCCAACUACAAAAACUGCUACAACAACUGCCCCAACAACAACUGCUACAACUGCCCCAAAAACAACUGAUACAACAUCAAGUGAUAUAACAACUGCCCCAACAACAUCUGCUACAACAAUUGCCCCAACAACUGAUAAAACAACAACUGCUACAACAACUGCCCCAAAAACUGAUACAACAACAACUGAUACAACUGCCCCAACAACAACGACUGCCACAACAUCAACUUCUACAACAACUGCCCCAAAAACAACUGCUACAACAACUGCCCCAACAACUGAUAAAACAAAAACUGAUACAACAACUGCCCCAACAACAACGACUGCCACAACAACAACUGCUAAAACAACUGCAUCAACUACAACAACUGCUUCAACAACUACAACUGCUACAACAACUAGUCCAACUACAAAAACUGCUACAACAACUGCCCCAACAACAACUGCUACAACUGCCCCAAAAACAACUGAUACAACAUCAAAUGAUAUAACAACUGCCCCAACAACAUCUGCUACAACAAUUGCCCCAACAACUGAUAAAACAACAACUGCUACAACAACUGCCCCAAAAACUGAUACAACAACAACUGAUACAACUGCCCCAACAACAACGACUGCCACAACAUCAACUUCUACAACAACUGCCCCAAAAACAACUGCUACAACAACUGCCCCAACAACUGAUAAAACAAAAACUGAUACAACAACUGCCCCAACAACAACGACUGCCACAACAACAACUGCUAAAACAACUGCAUCAACUACAACAACUGCUUCAACAACUACAACUGCUACAACAACUGCCCCAACAACUGAUACAACAACUGCCCCAACAACAACUAUUGCCACAACAACUACCCCAACAAUUGCUGAUACAACAACAAUGAUAUAA